GAGAGGGGGAGAGAGAGAUGAAAAAAGAGGUUAGAGAGAGAGAGAGAGAAAUCCGAGCUGACAGCUUUCUUAAUAGAGCAUGAUUAACUCAGCCAGAGAAGCAGGGAAUCGUAGGAUUGCAGUUGCAUUUUCAGUUCGGUAUUUGGAUGUAUGUUAGCGACUUAGCUAUAAUGUCGACAGUGCAUCCAUUUCUGAAAGAAUGUUUAUUGAUGAUGCAUCGACUUCAGUUAAAGUGGUGGCUGCAUUUUUCAUUUCUUAGUCUCCUUUCCGCUGUUUCGUUUGGAGAAGUCCGUUAUGUUCUUCCAGAAGAGAUGCAGAGGAGCUCUGUGAUUGGAAACGUUGCGCGGGAUCUGGGGCUGGAGGUGAAAGAGCUUGAUGCUCGUCGAGCCCGUGUUGUUGCAGAAGGAACAAGCCAGCUGUGUGAACUGGACACUGCGUCAGGCAAUCUUUUGAUCAGCCAACGGAUAGACCGAGAGGAGCUCUGCGCACAAGCCACUGCCUGCAUUUUACAGUAUCAGCUUUUACUUGAACAGCCCCUUCGAGCAUUCAGCAUAGUUUUGGACAUUACAGAUAUAAAUGACAACAGCCCAGUGUUUCCUACGGGGGAGAUAAAACUGGAUUUAGUGGAAUCCACAGUUCUGGGGAGGCGCUUUCCCUUAGAGAGCGCGCAUGACCCCGAUUUCGGCACGAAUUCUGUCCGUGAAUAUACACUGAGCCAGAAUGACAAUUUUGCACUGGAAAUGGGUAACCAAAUGAACGGAAAUGCUUAUCCUGAGCUAGUUCUUAAAAAGGCAUUGGACCGGGAGGCACAAGUUGAACAUGUACUGAAAAUCAAUGGAAUUGACGGGGGAAAUCCGGCUAGAUCAGGAACUGCUUCUAUCCUUAUCCGUGUUUUAGAUGCCAAUGAUAAUGUCCCAGUUUUUAGCCAGCGAGUUUUCAAAGCCUCUGUGCCAGAGAACUCAGCCAUAGGGACUGUCAUAACCACGCUACAGGCCACGGACCUGGAUGAGGGGGUGUAUGGGGAGAUAACUUAUUUCUUCAGUCAUCUGUCUGACAAGUUGGGAGGUGUUAUUGAAAUUGACCCUUUAAGUGGAGAAGUUCGCGUAUCAGGUGUCAUUGACUAUGAAGAAGCUAGCUCACACGACCUAGAUGUUCAGGCUAAAGAUGGCGGUGGCCAGGCCUCACACUGUAAACUUAUAAUUGAUGUGAUUGACGUGAACGACAAUAAGCCCGUGAUAGAAAUAAAGUCGGCCUCUUCUAACGUGGCUGAAGACUCCAAACCAGGGACUAUGGUUGCUCUGAUUAAUAUAUAUGAUAUGGACACUGGGAGCAGUGGGCGUGUCACCUGUACGAUCUCAAAAAAUGUUCCUUUUAAAUUAGUAUCGGAGGUCAAAAACUAUUACAUGCUAGUGACUGAUGGAAUAUUGGACAGGGAAGUGCAACCAGAGUAUAACCUCACAGUAACUGCCACUGAUGCGGGCUCUCCCCCACUUACUAGUGUAAAAGUUAUACCAAUCGUGAUUAGCGAUAUAAAUGAUAACCCCCCAACAUUUAUGCAAAGCGAGUACAAUGCCAACAUCUUGGAAAAUCAACCCGUUGGCACGUUUGUCAUUAAAGUCAAAGCGGAAGACGUUGACGACGGGUCUAACGCUAAAAUCCAAUACCAAAUAUCAAAGGACACAAACUCAGAAGUGUCAUCUUUCUUAAGCAUCAACUCAGACACGGGGGAGGUCUUUACCUCACGCUUGUUUGACUACGAACAGUCAGUUUACUUCCAAAUUAAAGUGACAGCUAGAGACGGCGGUGGGCCUUCACUUUCCACCACCUGCAUUAUAAAUGUGUUUAUUAAGGACCAAAAUGACAACGCACCUGUGGUCUUAUAUCCUGUGCAAAGUAGCGGUUACAUUGCUGAAGAUAUGGUACCAGCUGAAGCGCCUAGAGGUUACCUGGUUACUAAGGUGGUGGCUGUGGACGCUGACUCAGGUCAUAACGCAUGGCUUUCUUACAGAAUAAUCAAAGCAACACGGCCUAACGUGUUUAUGGUAGAUCUGCAUACAGGGGAAAUCAGAACAACGCGAACAUUCAUAGAGGACGAUGAACCAAAACAUACUAUUGUUGUAUUAGUAACGGAUAACGGGCUCGAAUCUCUCUCUGCCACUGCGACAGUCAGCAUAAUGCUUGGUGAUGGGCUCCCGGUUUUAAGUGAACUUUUAGAGUUUGCAGAUGAGUCACAAGAGAGCGAUAACUUAACGCUCUAUUUGAUAAUCGCUCUUUCAACUGUGUCUUCUAUGUUUAUCCUUCUAAUCAGCGGAGUGUUUUAUUUUAAACUCUGUCGGCGUGGCUACGUUUACCGUUCAACCACAGCCAGUCUGCCCGUUUUCCCCACAACCUAUUGCCCCUCUAGUUUUGCAGAUUUUAGCCGUUGCGGCACCUUGCUGAAUGAUGAGCGAUAUGAUUCCUUUAUGACCACCGGGUCGUGGAGAGGCGAUUUUCGUUUCGCAUCAAAUACAGACACCGACACUCUUAAGAAAAGAAGUGCGGCUUAUCAGAAAAACACACUGAGGCGCCUCAGUGCAGACAGGGCCACGCUGAAGGUGAGGGCAGGUGCACCGCAUCCCUGUUACGUGAUCAAAUGAGAGUGUGCAAAGCAAAUCACAUUUAUUCCUACAU